AUGUGGUGCUGGCGAAGGAUGGAAAGAAUUAGUUUAACCGAAAAACUGUCAAAUGAAAGGAUAUUGGACAUUGUGGGUGAACGGAAAGCUUUGAUCGACACACUGGAGAACAGAUACUUAAGAAUGUUCGGCCACCUUGUGCGACACGACGAAUUCAUAAAGAACAUCAUUGAGGGAAAAGUGGAAGGAAAGAGAGGAUGGGGAAGACCGAGGAUAGCUUACACUAAGCAAAUUAAGGAAAAGGUUGGCAUCGAAUCGUGCAGGGGGCUUAAAGAGUUGGCGGAGGAUAGAGGGAGAUGGCGGAGGAUCCAUAGACAGCACCGACAAGAGCAUAACUCUUAA